AUGGGGAGGGCUCCCACAGUGAUGCAAGCAGGUCCUCCACCGAAAACUACAGAGACCCCGCCGGAAAUUGAUGCAGGAGCUAUGCACGCAACAAGGAAACUGACAUUCUCUGCAACAUCUAGUGGAACUAAGCCUAUGAUGGUUGAAGUCGUCAAAGGUAAUAGAGUGCAAAACUUGGGGCUUAAGCUAGAUUACUACCCACCAGUCAUGAAGGAUGGAAUCAAAGUUGUAAAGCUAAACCCCCAGGAAAUAGCUGAAUACAACCAGAAAUGGAGUCGAGCCUUAAUUGGGUAUGUAAUUGGUGGAAACCCUACCUUCAAAGAAAUGCUCAAAUUCGUUUAUGGAGUAUGGAAUUCUGUAAGCACAACACAUGUUUUCCUUCAUAACAAUGGGUACUUCAUUUUUAAAUUUGAUAAUGAGGAGGGCAAGGAAGCAAUUCUUAAGCAAGGACCUUAUAUAUUCAACUAUAGACCAUUUAUCAUAAAGCAGUGGGAUCCAGAGUUCCAAAUGAAUAAGGAACCUACCCAACUUGUCCCAAUUUGGGUGAUGUUCCCAAAUUUACCAAUCCAAUUUUGGGCUCCUCCUAAUUUGGGAAGAAUAGCUAGCUAUAUGGGGAAUUCUAUCUGCACAGACAAAUUAACAGCCCAAGAACAAAGGAUUUCAUAUGCAAGAAUAUUGAUAGAAAUGGAUAUAUCUCAGCCUCUACCAGAUUCGAUCUCCCUUGAGUUACCAGAUGGAACACACUACUCACAGAGUAUUGAGUAUGAGUGA